CAAUACAAAUUAUAUUAAACAAAGCAGGCAACGUAAGUGAAUUCAAUAUAAAUAUGUCUGACUGGGACGCUGUAACUGUGCUAAGGAAAAAGGCUCCAAAGUCUUCUGCGAUGAAGACGGAGUCGGCGGUUAACCAGGCUCGCCGCCAAGGAGUUGCCGUCGAUACCCAACAAAAAUAUGGUGCGGGCACCAACAAGCAGCAUGUCACUACGAAGAACACUGCCAAGCUGGACCGUGAGACUGAGGAACUACGCCACGAUAAAAUUCCGCUCGAUGUCGGCAAACUGAUAAUGCAGGGCCGCCAGGGCAAAGGCCUCAGCCAAAAGGAUUUGGCCACGAAAAUUUGCGAGAAGCAGCAAGUGGUCACCGAUUAUGAAGCUGGACGCGGCAUCCCCAAUAACUUGAUACUAGGUAAAAUGGAGCGGGUGCUUGGCAUAAAAUUACGUGGCAAGGAGCGCGGCCAACCAAUAGCGCCUCCCGGUAAAAAGUGAGAUGAUGCUGCUGCGUCUACCGCCGCUGCUCCUCCUCCAACAAGAAACGCCAGACACCAACAACACCAACAAAAUGAGUCCGGCUGGAGCACCGUAAGCAGUAGACGUAAAUAAAGUACUAUCGGGAGGCUGCAACCAAACAAAAUCGGGCCAAGCAGUUAAAGCGAACGAACGAGGGAUAAUGUUUAAGCAAAACUUCAACAUAAACUAAUCACUUAACCAGUCAAUCCAUCAAUCAAGCAACCAAAACAAACAGCUAUGAGUGCAGAAUUUGAACAAAUUAAAAACUAAAACGCAUAUUACAAAAUUAUUGACAUCGCGUUUUUUCCUCCAAAUUGUUCUAUCAUUUAUUGAUUUUUUUUCUGCAAAUUGACCAUUGUAAUUAAAAUUUCGUUCAAAACGCACUAUCAUGCCGCGAAAACCAAUUCAGAACAUUUUUAAAAUUAAUAGCACAACAGCCUCUGAAAAAACAAUGAUAUUAAAAGAAUACAUUCACAACUGUGCUCAAAAGACAAAAAGAAAUUGGUUUUGGUAUAUUUUUUUUGUACUUUGUUAUAAACACGAGUUGAACUUGAAUUAAUUGUUCAAUAUAUAUGCUUUAUGAAAAACAUUUGGAUACAUACUAUUUCUUUAUUUCGAUCAACUACACAUACUCGCUGACUCACACACCUCAUAACAAAACUUUCAUAAAACACCCACAUUAAUCACACACACGCACACAGAUAACGGUGUACUUGUGGCAAGAUACAUACCUACUGAAGAAAUCCAAACUAAAUACAUAUGUAAAGUUUUAGAGCUUA